UCGACGUCAAUAUAAUUAGGGACGGACGUAGAAGUUGUUAUGUUAUUUAAAAUAGUUAUUUAAAUAUGAAUGAACAGAAUAAUAGUAAUAAGUGUGAGAUGGCUGGCGGAGGUGAUCCCAAAUGGCAGAAGGAUGCUGGAGAUCAGAACUUCGAUUACAUGUUUAAAUUGCUCAUUAUUGGAAACAGCUCAGUAGGAAAAACCAGUUUCCUUUUUCGCUACGCCGACGAUUCCUUCACAUCAGCGUUUGUGUCAACAGUAGGAAUCGACUUUAAGGUCAAAACAGUCUUCCGUCAUGACAAACGCGUUAAACUUCAGAUAUGGGAUACCGCAGGUCAAGAACGUUACCGCACUAUAACCACAGCCUACUACCGAGGGGCUAUGGGAUUUAUAUUAAUGUAUGACAUUACAAACGAGGAAAGUUUCAAUAGUGUCCAAGAUUGGGUUACACAAAUAAAGACGUAUUCUUGGGACAACGCGCAAGUAAUUCUUGUGGGGAAUAAGUGUGAUAUGGAAGAGGAGCGCGUUGUUAGCUCGGAACGCGGCCGCCAGCUUGCAGACCAACUGGGUGUAGAGUUCUAUGAGACAUCUGCUAAAGAAAAUAUUAACGUUAAGGCGGUUUUCGAACGGCUGGUGGAUAUAAUCUGCGACAAGAUGUCCGAGAGUCUAGACUCAGAGCCAGCGAUGCUUGCUGGCGGCGCGCGUGGCCAACGCCUCACCGAACAGCCGCAGGGCAAUAGCAACCCUAACUGCAACUGUUAAUGUGACACAAUUUGAUGUGAUGACCUUGAAAAUAUUGAUCAACAACCAAUGACUUUCUGGCCAGUAUUAAAAACGAAGAGAUUUUUUAAUGUUUGUUUCCAGGUUAAUAUGGGAUCAGUAUUUUCAAUGCCAUUGACAUUUUAAUUUUCCCAAAAACCUUUAUAACAGUUCCUCGAUCAUCAAAAUGUUCUUGUUUAUUGCUAGCAAUUCAUUUAAUUUUUAAUUGCAUAAAUUAGGUCAAAAUUAUUUAACUAAAGCCUAUCGGUUCAAUGUGAAUGGUUCAAACAUUUUAAAAUAUAUUAUUGUAUUGUUAUGUGUAUUACGAUAAUAGAAUUUUAUGUGUUAGUAUUAUUAAUUAAGGUGUUAGGUAGCAUAUUGUGAGCUGGAGUAGGGAUCUGAUUCUUCUAUAGAUAUUAAUAUUAUUUUAUUUUUGGGACUUUUUGCUUUUGCCCUGUAUCGCUUUUAAGACUUAAGUUUCUCUGUUAUUGUCUCGUUUAAGUAUAACAACGAUUUAUAUUUUAAGAAUGUUUUUAAGUUUUGCUAAAUAAUGUUAUUUUUUUUUGUUAAGACGUGGUUUAUUUUUGAUGACAAUGUAAUAGACUUGUGGAAUUUGGACCAAAGUCAAGUUCAUCUUAUUUACUAAAAUAUAUAAACGUUUUUCUAAAAGCGCAAAACAUAUUUUUAGAAAUCAUUUAAAGAUAUUGCAUUCACAUAUUUUUCAUAAUUAUUUUUUAACAAUUUUUAUUUAACCAACGUUAUUAUUAAUUAUGUAUGAUUUCUUAUUAUCUUAUUAUAGUUUAAGAGCUUGAAACUUUGUAGUGCUUAAAAUUAUUAAAUAUAUUGCUAUUGUGUAUACGUGCACAAAAACAAAUAUAGACAAAUAUCUCUUUAAAACGACUUUCUAGCUCUUGACCUAUAUGAAGUAUGUUGCUUCGAAUAUUAAAAUAAAUAGUAAAUGUUGAAUUAUAAUAUGUUGUUAUUUGAAAAUUAUAAAUAAGUAAUGAUGACUUGAUUUUAUUGUAUUUAAGAUGUAUCAAAAUGCUUAAACGAAUAUCUCGGCUUGGCGUUGAAAUUGGACAAUCUAUUUCUAUAAUGCUAUAGAUUUUUAGAAUGCCUAUUCUUGUAAAUAUGUUUCUCCAGUGUAUAAAUAAACUGUAUAGUAUUAUACUUAAAAUAAAAAAAAAACGGUUUGUAUUCUUGUUACGCUGUGUAAUUAUUGUAACUAUAGUUGUUUAUUUAAUCACUUAUAUCAUGAUGCAUUUAACAUAACAGCUAUUACAUUAUUAUAAAAUUUAGUACAAUGUGUAUCUAUCACGUUGGUUUAUAAUUAUUGUAGAUGACCUAGACAAUACAAUUUAUAUAUUCUGUUGAAACACUUGCACAUUAUAGAUUAAGUAUGUAUCUAGUGAAAUAUAUUGAUAUAACAUUGAAAAAAAUUAUUGAAAUUUCGUGUAAUGUAUGAUUUUAUUGAAAUGAAUAAAAUGUUCCAAGAUUUCAAAUAUAAUGUAUGAAUCGUAACUUUUAUAGAAUUGGAAAAAGAAAUGUCAUGUAUGUAAACAACAUUAGUUUUAUCGUUCUCCAUAUGUAACCAAGCUUCGAGAUAAUUAACCAUUGUCAAUUUUUACCUGAAUCUUUUUUAUUCACAUUUCAACUAAAAUUAUAAAAAUUUUCAUAAAAUGAAGUGUUGAAAGUAGUGUAGUGGUGUGAAGUCUUUAGAAAGGCAUGAAAAGGCAUAUCUUAGAAUGGUUAGUUUUAAUUUUACAAAGACAAACCAACUUCUGAAUUAAACAUAAAAUAAAUUCAAUAUUUAAAAACAAAAAUUGUUGAUAUACGUAAAUAAUUAUUUCUAUAAUUUCCAUAAAGCUAUGUCUCAUUCAAAGCAGAAAUAUUAAUCGUUUAGAUGUAUUAAUAAAUGUACGUUAUUAUAUUUGUUGUGCGUUAAUAAAGGAAUUAUUUAAAAUAAAAAAAAAAUGUGUUAGUUUACGUAUGUA